AUUUUACUUCCGCUGUCUUUGAGCAGGUACAAUUUGGAACUAAGCAAGUAUUUCCUGCCGCGUAAAUGAUGGCAAGUAACGUCAUCAUUACAUCUGUGAUCAUCGCUGUUUUCUUAGUCGGUUUGGCGCAGAAAGGUGAGUAAGGAAACGAAAUAGGAAGGUUUCUUUGCUACACUGACAACAUUUUAAAAGGAUUUACAUUUCAAGUCCAUAUUUUCAUCUCUUAAUCGGUCGUCCCUUACAGUUUGACCGUUUAUCAAACAAGCGAUUAUUUUCACAAACGCCGUUGUUCAAUGAUGAAAAAUGCACCUGCAAACGCUGAGAGAUGUGUGGUUCCGCAAAUCUACGUAAAUUGGCGGCACACUUCCUCUCAAUAGUCUCAAACAGAUAAACAUCGAAGCGCAAAUCCGAACGUUUGGAGUUCGAUUCCUUGCUUAAGACUUGUUUUAUUUUUUCCUUUAUCCCAUGCUCGAGACUAUCUUUCUAAAAUAUACCAACAAAACCCACCAGAAAAGGUGGAUAAAUAAAUGAAAGCAUAAUCUUUCGAAAAAUUUCCGCUAGUUUCUUGUAACGUAUUAUUUCCCUUUCUUUCUGAAUCUUAACCCCACCUUGAUUGCCAUAUCAGAUGUAAUUUAAAAUGCGAAGAUGCAUCCUUUGCUGAAUCACUCACUGAGGUUUAACGAGUCUCAACCACCACCGAUUAAAAUUCACCUCUGGUUUACCGCGUUGUGAUAAUUCGUUCGAACGACGGAGAUUUAGUCGCGAAAUUCCCUAGCCUGUCUCUCUCACAGGCAGCCACCCUGUUUGACAAUAGCGACACACGAAAGAAAUACAAUGAAAUGAAAUGUGGUACAAUUACGAAUAAAGCACCAAAUGAACUCAUUCUUCACGCAAAAUCUCUGGAGUACUGCAAUCUGGUGCGUGACCACGGUUCGUCACGCAAUGCUUUGAGAGAAACGAAAAUAUUCCCAGCACUUUCAAAGAUUUUAUUUUUGAUUAAGAAAGAGCGUUUGACACUUUUCCAAGACUUUGUAAACUCUAUUCUUUUGUUGAAUACAACUGAUACAAGAAAUGCGUGCGAAUUGCGCGAUUCCGAUUUGAGAAGUCACGUGACUCAAUUACCAAAUAAACAUUAUGGGCCGUAAUUUUCUCUUGGAUUACGUAAUCCGAUAAAAUGGCGUGCAAAUCCUAUCUCUAACAGCUUUUGCAAUGUUCAAUAAAAUCAGGAGCUCUUGAAAAACCUAUCUUCCGUUUUAUCUCCUGGAAAAAGGAAAAACUUUAUAGAACUUUCCCUGGAAAGACAGUAUGAGCCAACCUACAACUUUAACAACCUGUGCUUAUUUUAAAUUGUUCAUUUUUCUCCUCAGGUCUCUCCUUAAGUUGCUACAUAUGUUAUUCCACAAUUUCUUGGGAGGAUUGUUUUAACACGAGUACGGUUCUUAACUGCAAGUCAGAUGCUGUAACGUGCGCUAAUGCUUUUACUGCUGUGAAGCAGAAAGAUGAUCGACAAAAAUUCGAGUUCACUGCUUAUUGUGGUUUUAAGGUAGGAUGAUGGGAAGACUUACCCCGAGAUAUACUGUUUCAUUUGGUUGGACUCGCACAUGCCCACAACAGUGCGACCGAUUUUUGAAAAUUUUUCAUAAACUUUUCAAAAGCUGUUGAUGCUAAUGUUGGCGAGUUUUUAUUGGGCAUCAUGACGAUCCUUCCUUUUCCAAUGUGCGUUUUUUUUUUCAAUCCCCUUUUGGCUGAUGAUUAUAAACCCUUGGGUAGAGGCAAAGUUCGAAGAAGGGUUUAGAGGUCUUGGCUCUCAAAAUAUUUCGAAGCCUAUUCAAGUAAAUGUGUAAACAAAAUUUCGUGUUUUCUGAAUCAAAGUUUGGACCUCCCGUACCAGAAAUUUCAGGAUCCUCCCCAAGAAUAAGUGCGAUGAAUUGAAACCUUUUUACACAUAUGGGAAAUGAAACAUCCGCUGACCUAUCUGAAUGUUAUGAAUAUGAAUCAAGUUCUUGUUUCUUCCAUUCCAUUCAUUUUUCUUUUUGAUCCUUCCUUUACCUCCAGGACAGUUGCGAUAAAGAAAAAUGCAGAAAAGAGGUGGCUGGGAAAGGAGAGUAUAAAGCUGUCAAUUGUAAGGUCAGUUGCUGUGAAACAGACCGGUGCAAUAUGGCAGUAGUAUCCAAAGGACAAGUUUCAUCGAUCUCCAUUUUGGGUCUAAUUAUUUCGCUCCUAUCUUGUUAUAGUUUCCAAAACUAUAAGCUUAUGAGUUUCCAAAACUACUAAACUUGCGAGUUUUUUUGAAUACACACUACUCUGGUUUAGACAGUUGGAGCUACCACACGAACCCAGAACAACUAUGAAAAAAGUCUCAAACCACAGAUUUUUUUGAAGUAAUAAGUAGGGUUUGCCACUGGUUAAGAGAUAUUUAAGUUCAUUUGGAAGCAUGGGAUGAAAAGCAGAUUUUGGCUAACUCUUAUGAUUUAAAGAAGGUUUAGAUUUGUUAAAUAGGAAAAAGGUGAAACAUUCUGCAUCUUGUUCAACCAUAUUGUAUUUCCCUGGCGACAUUGUGGGUUUUAUCACUCAAAAGAUGACAUUUAAACGAGUGUGACCUUAUCCAAACUUAGAGAAAUCCAUGGUAACACGAGUACUUCAUGGUUUUGAUGAAUGAAAAAACAAACAAACAAACAACAAAUUAUAAACUUUCUGGAUGAGAAAAAUAUAUUAGCUUAUAUAUUCAAAUUAGCGAAAAGAAAUAAAACUUACAAUAAAUUAAACAUCAACUUUGGUAACCUUUUCUAUUGUCAGUUAACUGUCUAAAGCAUUGAAUAUAAAAUUUGGUAUUGAAAAGCUCUCACGCAAGUUCAGAAGUUACUUUAUGGGGAAGGUCAAAAACAAUUUUCAAUUCCUCCAUAAAAUUUAAAUUUUGCCUUAGUUUCAUUGCGUCAAAAUAAUAUUAAUAAUGAUAAUAAUAGAAGUAAUGAUAAUAAUGACAAUAAGAAUGAUAAUUAUACUUUUAGAAAUAAUUAUAAUGAUAAGAUGAAAUGUGCACUGUUCAUGAAUAUUUUGAUUACUUUAAGUUAUGUAUUGUAAGUAGAUUAUGUGACGUAAAUAGCGUAU